AUGUCGGUCUUGGCGGUUCCCGAUGGCGGCCUCCAUUUGGGGAGCUCGGACGCGAGCGAGCUUCUGCCAAUGCAGGCCUUUGGCCUUGCAUUGAACGACGGUGUGAUUGAGGAUAUGAUCAGAUGUGUGCAAAAUGGCCAGAAAAUCGAGCUGUUUCUGGGUUCCAAUCCCAGCUUGCAAUACGGCGACGAAGAGGAACCGCUCAAGCCUACUUCAGACUCCUUCGAUUAUGACCUGUACCUCACCAACCUCGCCGAAUCCAGUACCAAAGCCCAAAGAUUACCGUAUCCGACCAUGUCCAUCCUGAAGAAGCCGCCGACCGUCAAAGGCGCCAAGCCCAACGUCAGGGUUGAGAAGGUUGUGAAGGGUGGAAAGAGCGCCAAGUCGAAACUCCUUCCCCAGGGCAAAUCUGCCAUGGCCAUGGCUCUUUCAAGCUCUGGUACCACGCGAUCGUUACCGUCGAGUCCAGCCCUGAAGGGUGUCGGCUCGCCUUCACACAAUCCGGCCAUUGCCGCCGCCCAACAGCUCAUGGAGAAGAACAAGGAGCAACGGACCACAGUCGUACACGAGCUUGCCGUGCAGGAUCAGAACUACGACUACCUGAAAGACCGGUGGUCCGGAUCCGAGGCAGAUCUGAAAAACAUUCUGGGCAAGGUUGGCGACAAGAAGGGCGACAGGUGGAGCUUGAGCAAGAACUACUGGAAGGAACUGGACGUUUGGAACUACAAUUACGAACCCUCACAGAACCGACAACUGGCAAUCGACAAUGCCAAGAAACAGUACGAUCGGCAACGGCUGGGAACCACCGAUCCCGCUUGGGAGCGCCUACUGGAGGAGAAGGAUAGAGGCAAGGGUAUCAUACUCAGCAAACUGCAGGCCGCCCUGGCCAAGGGGAACAUGACGCCAGCUGCCAAGCCUGCCAAGGCAGAUGAUGCGAGCAGCAAAAAUUCGAGCGACGAGAGUGUCAAAGCCAAGGCUGGUGGGGAGGCAAUGGCGAGGUCGAGUUCCCAGCCUGUUGGUGCGAAGCCCAACCGGGUUGGCGACAGGGAAGUCCAGUCGAAGAAGCUGCUCUCGAACAAGGCGACGACAAAGAAACCUACCACCACGACAAAGAAGGCUGCACCUGUGAGCAAGGCCAAGGCAGCUGACAAGGGCACGAAGAAGUUUCUAUCGGAAGAGUAUGUCCAUGACACUAGCAGCGAGGAUGAGGCGCCUCUCGCAGCAACAUCCACUUCGAAGCCGAAACCUGCUCACAGCCCCGUGCAUAAGAGCGCUCCGAAGCCUAUGGAGAAGCCAGUCGAGAAGCCCAAGGAGAGGUCGCCUGCUCCGAUUGUCAAGCCAAGGGAGAGGUCACCUGCCCCAGCCGCCAAGCCCAAGUCUAAACCGACCAUUCGAGCGCCCCGGCCGGCCGGCAACAUUGCUGCCAGAGCUGCUUCCAGCACAUCACAGAAGCGACCACGCGAGGAGGAAGAUAGCAGCUCGAGCUCGGGCGCUCCGCUCAGCAAGAGAACCAAGCCGAAGGAGACUACAACGAUGACAAAGCCGCUCUCCAGCAACACUGCGCUCAAGCAUCGGCCAUCAGACGCAAGUCAGAAUUCACGGGGGACACCGUCCAAUGUUUCUUACAAGAGCAAGAACACGUCGCCUGCAAAGUCUUCCCCUCUUGCCUCUUCGCCUCCCACCAAUGCGUCGGACUUGGAGGAUAACAGCCAGUCACAACAUCAUGAUGGCCACAGACAAUCGUCAGCAGCUCCCCGCACGAACGGUCAUACAGCCACGGUCAACGGGCACACACCUAACGGUGUCUCGUCCGCGGUGAAGCGGCCGCCGGGCUCGCAAAUCCACACAAGUUCGCAACCACCGACCAAGAAGGCUCGUGUGAGCCACGAUGUGAUUACAAAAGCUCACAGCUUCGAUUUGGUCUAUGACCAGUACAAAGUGCUACACGAGCAGCUCACGCGAAUGGCGGACCCGCCCGAAGAGAAGCUUGAACGUCUUCAUAAGAUGAGGAGGAGACUUGUCUCCCUGAAGACUGAGAUUCGGCAGCAAGUCGGUUUGACUGCGUAG